UUCAGCUUUACAGCUCUUUUAUCUCUGAGAAAAGUGGCAGGAAACUAGCUAGGGAUGGAUUUGGAGUACAUAAAUGGGAGCACAGAGAACCAAAUGGAGCUGAUGGCUAUGAUGAUGCAGAUGGAGAAGUUCACUGAAUUCUCUGAAACAACAUCUGCUGCACAGUGUUCUAAUAUUGGUCCCCAACCACAAUUCAACAACAACAACAACAACAACAACAGCAACAACUACAUGCCAACCAGUCAAACCUCACUUCCAUUGCUCAUCAACUUGCACAACAGCACCAACAACAACAACAGCAUGUUUGGGUUGGGAUUUGGAGAAAGAGGAGGAGGGACCAUGCAAGUGUACCAAAACUCUAGUAAUGAUCACUGGACGUCAGUGAUGGCAGAGCAGCAAGAGAAGAAGAAGGAAACAUCAAUGGUGAUGAUGAGGGAGAUGAUCUUCCGCAUUGCUGCCAUGCAACCAAUACACAUUGAUCCGGAGACUGUGAAGCCUCCGAAGAGAAGGAAUGUAAAAAUAUCAAAGGAUCCUCAGAGUGUUGCAGCAAGACACAGGAGAGAAAGGAUCAGUGAGAAGAUAAGGAUUUUGCAGAGACUAGUCCCUGGAGGUACUAAAAUGGACACUGCAUCAAUGCUAGAUGAAGCUAUUCAUUAUGUUAAGUUUCUCAAGACACAGGUUCAGUCACUCAAAUUGGCUCAGGCUAACCGGAAUGUUUCCGGCUUCCCCGGAGACAUCACCGGUUUCUCUACUGCCAAUUAUCCUUAUCAGAAUUGCUUCAUGAACAAUCCUAGCCAGACAAUGAGCUGAGUUCUUGUGUCUUUAAUUAAUUAAUUUUAUGUUUCUUAGAUUAUAUACUUUCUUUGUAAUGUUUGGAAGGAGACAACCUAGUGCAUUAUUGUUAAUCUUUUAAUCUUGGACAAGAAAACUUAGUAAGGUGAAGAAGAUCUAAUGUUGGUCUUG